ACAGCCCUGACCUGUUGAGGCAUGGACUGCACUAGACCCCUGAAGGUGUGCUGUGGUAUCUGGCACCAAGAUGUUAGCAGCAGAUCCUUUAAGUCCUGUAAGUUGCGAGGUGGAGCCUCCGUAAAUCGGACUUGUUUGUUCAGCACAUCCCACAGAUGCUUGACUGGAUUGAGAUCUGGGGAAUUUGGAGGCCAAGUCAACACCUCAAACUUGUGCUCCUCAAACCAUUCCUGAACCAUUUUUUCUUUGUAGCAGGGCGCAUUAUCCUGCUGAAAGAGGCCACAGCCACCAGGGAAUACCGUUUCCAUGAAAAGGUGUACAUGGUCUGCAACAACGCUUAGGUGGGUGGUAUGUGUCAAAGUAACAUCCACAUGGAUGGCAGGACCCAAGUAUUUUCCAGCAGAACAUUGCCCAAAGCAUCACACUGCCUCUGCCAGCUUGCCUUCCUCCCAUAGUGCAUCCUGGUGCCAUGUGUUCCCCAGGUAGGCGACACACACGCACCCGGCCAUCCACGUGAUGUAAAAGAAAACGUGAUUCAUCAGACUAAGCCACGUUCUUCCAAUUGCUCUGUGGUCCAGUUCUGAUGCUCAUGUGCCCACUGUUGGCGCUUUCGGUGGUGGACAGGGGUCAGCAUGGGCACCCUGACUGGUCUGCGGCUAUACAGCCCCAUACGCAACAAACUGGGAUGCACUGUGUAUUCUGACACCUUUCUAUCAGAACCAGCAUUAACUUCUUGAGCAAUUUGAGCUGCAGUAGCUCGUCUGUUGGAUCAGACCACACAGGCCAGCCUUCGCUCCCCACGUGCAUCAACGGGCCUUGGCCGCCCAUGACCCUGUCGCCAGUUCACCACUGUUCCUUCCUUGGACCACUUUUGAUAGAUACUGACCACUGCAGACCGGGAUCACCCCACGCAGUUUUGGAGAUGCUCUGACCCAGUCAUCUAGCCAUCACAAUUUGGCCCUUGUCAAACUCGCUCGAAUCCUUACGCUUGCCCAUUUUUCCUGCUUCUAACACAUCAACUUUGAGGACAAAAUGUUCACUUGCUGCAAUAUAUCCCACCCACUAACAGGUGCCAUGAUGAAGAGAUAAUCAGUGUUAUUCACUGCACCUGUCAGUGGUCAUAAUGUUAUGCCUGAUUGGUGUAUAAUCAGUCAAUCACAUGACAGCAACUCAAUGUAUUUAGACAUGUAAACAUGGUCAGAAGUUGGGAAAGAAAGGUGAUUUAAGUGACUUUGAACAUGGCAUGGUUGUUGGUGCCAUGCAGGCUAGUCGGAGUAUUUCAGAAACUACUGAUCUACUGGGAUUUCCAUGCACAACCAUCUCUUUACAGAGAAUGGUACGAAAAAGAGAAAAUAUCCACUAAGCGGCAGUUCUGUGGGUGAAAAAUGCCUUGUUGAUGCCAGAGGUCAGAGGAGAAUGGUCGAAUUGGUUCGAGCUGAUAGAAAGGCAACAGUAACUCAAAUAACCACUCCUUUACAACCGGGUAUGCAGAGGAACAUCUCUGAACUCACAACACAUUGAACCUUGAAGCAGAUGGGCUCCAGCAGCAGAAGACCACACCAGGUGCCACUCCUGUCAGCUAAAGACAGGAAACUGAAGCUACAGUUCACACAGGGACACCAAAAUUGGACAAUAGAAGAUUGGAAAAUGCUGCCUGGUCUGAAGUGUCUUGAUUUCUGCUGUGACAUUCAGAUGGUGGGGUCAGAAUUUGCCUUGUAUCAAUGUUUCAGGCUGGUGGUGGUGGUGUAAUGGUGUGGGGGAUAUUUUCUUGGCACACUUUGGGCCUCUUAGUACCAACUGAGCAAUGUUUACGUGUCACAGCCUACCUGAAUAUUGUUGCUGACCUUGUCCAUCCCCACAGUGUAUCAUCUACUUCCAGCAGGAUAACACGCCAUGUCACAAAGCUCAAAUCAUUUCAAACUGGUUUCUUGAUAAUGACAAUGAGUUCACUAUACUCAAAUGACCUCCACAGUCACCAGAUCUCAAUCCAAUAGAGCAUAUUGGGAUGUGGUGGAAAGGAAGAUUCACAUCAUGGAUGUGCAGCCGACAAAUCUGACAACCACUGAAGAAUGUUUCCAGUAUUUUGUAGAAUCUAUGCCACCAAAAAUUAAGGCAGUUAUUAAGACAAAAGGGGGUCCAACCCAGUACUAGCAAGGUGUACCUAAUAAAGUGGUUGGUGAGUGUGUGUGUGGUGUGUAUAAUAACUAUAUAUAUUGGGAUGUUUGUUUGAAUAAAAGUGUCAUAUACUCAAUACUGCUAAAUGUAAUAUGGAUCUGAAACCUGUUUUUUCCCACUGUAGUUCCUCGAAAAGCAUUCGAUUUUGCUGCAGCUGGAUUAUUUUCUUUAGGUUUAGAUCUAUCACUAGGUGGUGCCAGAAAUAAGCACAGAUAAGCCUCCUCUUCACCCUCACGGUUGCUUUGUUGUUAUUAUAAGGCAUUGUGCAGUAUAGAAAGAGUAUAUAAAGACUGUGGCAACAAUCACAAAAGAUGUCCAUAUCAGGGUUCACUUGAAUAACUCCAGACUCAAAAUAUUGAGCCUUUCAAUUGUUCAGUGGACCUUUUGUAAAACCUCUUUCUUUGUCAUAGCAUGAACAUGUUUUAUUCAAUUUUAGAGGAAAAAGGCAUGAAGACAAGCUAUGAAUUUUAAACAACUUAAUGUGGAAACUAAGCCUCCCUGUUUUCUUGACACCUUAAACUGCAGUAAAUGCUCUGUUUGUUUGUUUGUCUGUGUGCCUGCAUAUGCACAGUUGGGUUUCUAAUAAAUAUUAUCCUAAACAUAUACACAAUUAUUUCUAGGGUGCUCUUAACAGUCCCGACAUGACAGGUCAGGAAAUCUCCUUUGGAAAACAACAACAACAAGGCAAGAAAAUAAAAGAACAAAUGUUCGUCAUAAAUAUAGGCUACUAAUAAGCGUUCAAGAUAUCAGAAUGCUGUUUUAAGUCAACUUAGGCAAAAGGAAAGACCAACGAUUGUUUGAAUUGCUUUAUUUAGACCUAUUGAAAGUGACUGUUUUUAUCAUUUUGUAAUUAUAUGGACGCUGAAAAGAAGGUCUAUGUGUCGUCAGGAAACUAUUUUUGUUUCUCGACACGCUCCCAAACAAAUUAGGACCCGAUGGCGUCAUGUUUCACGUGUGACGUCUGUGAAUGUGAUGCAUGUGGAUGUGGAGUAACUGUCCAUGGUGCUGAAGCCGCCGCAGCGUCGGGAUGCGCGUUCCGGAGUCGCGAAGCAUCAAUGUGCGCAUCUUUUGAGCUCGUAUUUCUAUACUUUAUAUCCAGAGCAGACUCAAAACUGUGUCGGAAUGCUGCCCAACGACACCUUCAAAAACCUGGAGGAUGGUUUAUAUCUGUUAAACUCCUCUAGCAACGAGACGCAUAACGGGGAUUCUCACGGCAGCAGCGCGAUCUUCAUCUCCUUCAUCUAUUCCGUGGUGUGUCUGGUUGGACUCUGUGGGAACUCGAUGGUGAUUUAUGUGAUCUUCAGGUAUGCAAAGAUGAAAACUGCGACGAACAUCUACAUUUUGAACUUGGCGAUCGCGGAUGAGUUACUCAUGUUAAGUGUGCCCUUCUUGGUCACCUCUUCUUUACUUCACCACUGGCCCUUUGGUUCGCUCCUGUGUCGUUUGGUUUUAAGUGUUGAUGCCAUUAACAUGUUCACCAGCAUCUAUUGUCUCACCGUGUUGAGUAUUGAUCGCUACAUCUCUGUGGUGCAUCCCAUCAAAGCCGCCCGGUACCGGAGACCCACCAUCGCCAAAAUGGUCAACUUAGGGGUCUGGAUGUUCUCCAUCCUGGUCAUCCUACCCAUCAUCAUCUUCUCCACCACUGCACCCAACUCUGACGGAUCGGUGGCUUGCAACAUGCAGAUGCCUGAGCCCGAGCGUCAGUGGAUGGCUGUAUUUGUGAUAUACGCCUUUCUGAUGGGCUUCCUCUUUCCUGUCAUUGCCAUAUGUAUGUGCUACAUCCUCAUCAUAGUGAAGAUGCGGGUGGUCGCGUUGAAAGCGGGCUGGCAGCAGCGCAAAAAGUCCGAGAGGAAGAUCACACUGAUGGUGAUGAUGGUGGUGACAGUGUUUGUGAUCUGCUGGAUGCCUUUUCACAUAGUGCAGCUGGUUAGCGUGUUCGUUCAGCAGCACAACGCCACUCUCAGUCAGCUGGCUGUGAUUUUGGGAUAUGCCAACAGCUGUGCCAACCCCAUCCUUUACGGAUUCCUGUCGGACAACUUCAGACGCUCCUUCCAGAGGAUUUUGUGCCUCCGAUGGUGGGAAAACGCCACGGAGGAGCCCAUAGAUUACUAUGCCACGGCUCUGAAAAGUCGAGGAUACAGCGUGGAUGACUUUCAGCCGGACAAUCUGGAAUCGGACAGCACGUACAGAAAUGGCACAUGCACAUCCAGAACUACAACUAUGUAGGACUUGGUAUUGCAGCAUAAAACUUUUGUUAUCUGUUGUCAUUGCUGUAUGUGUUUUUUUUUUUUUUUUUUUUUUUUUUUUUUGCUGAGAUGUGUUGGUUAGACUUUAUAAUAACUUUCAUUAUUGAUUAAUAGAUCAUAUAAUGCUUAAUCAGAAGUUAAUGUGUAUUCGACUAGUCACAUUGGUUGCCUAAAUAUGAAUGCGCGUGAAAUUUCUGUUAAACAUUAUAUGAAUUUUGAAUGACUUAUUAAUGAAAGCUAUUAGAAAGUGUGUCGAUAUGGAAAUAAUGUGUGACGUUAAAGGGUUAGUUCACCUAAAAAUGAAAAUUCUGUCAUUAAUUACUCACCCUCGUGUCGUUCCACACAUCUUCGGAACACAAAUUAAGAUCUUUUUGAUGAAAUCCGAGAGGUAUAUGACUCGUCCAUAGACAGCAAUUUAACUAACACUUUCAGGGUCCAGAAAGGUACUAAAGAUAUUGUUAAAACAGUCGAUGUGACUGCAGUGGUUCAACCUUAAUUUUAUGAAGCGACUAGAAUACUUUUUUGUGCGCAAAAUCAAACAAAAAUAACGACUUUAUUCAACAAUAUCUUCUCUUCUGUGUCAUUCUCAUACAUUGUUUACGUCCAGCGCCUCCAGGUUCUACGUCAGAACGCGGAUUCAUUAUUUGCACAAGCAUGCGUCGUGCUGCUCACGUGAUCAGCUUUGGCCAAUACUGAGCCGGCAUUCGGACGUAAUCACGGAAGCCUUCACUGUGCUUACUGCGUCACCUGCGUAUAGAUAAUGACAGGGAAGAGAAGAGAUUGUUGAAUAAAGUCGUUAUUUUCAUUUUGCUUUGUUUUUUUUCGCACAAAAAGUAUUCUCGUCGCUUCAUAAAAUUAAGGUUGAACCACUGUAGUCACCUAAUUAAUGACAGAAUUUUCAUUUUUGGGUGAACUAACCCUUUAAGAUUAAAAGAAAGUAAAGAAAGAAAAAAGAAAUAUCCACAGCCAAAUAUUUAGAUGUUAUUUUAAAAUGGAAUAAAAUGGGGGGAAAUUCUUUCACUCUCAGUGUAUUAUAUGAUAAAACCUGAUUUGUAUUUUCUGAAGGAUACUUGUGCUUGCAAAGCAGGAACAAAACAAUGCUACAGUUUUUGGUUUUUCUGUUUUGGUUCUGUGAAAUGAAAUGAAACCAGAGCCGCUUCGCUUUGUCAUGACACUCAGCCAAAUUAAGUAUGCAAAUAUAUGAAAGAAAGAAGUUUUGAGUGGCACAGUCAGUGUUGGUCAGUGAAUGUUUUUGAACAUUUAAUGUUAGUGUUAAUUUUUUGUUAAAUAAGUGUUAAGUUACCAAAAAAAAAAAAAUGAGUCUGCACUAUUUUUAUAUGGCACAGGUUGAAUUCAUAGAAGAAUUUCAAUUCUAUUUCAAGUGAAAGCAUUAUAUGAGAAGGUUUUGAAAGUUCACUAAACCUAAAUGUUAUGUGUUUGACUGUAAGCCUGAUCCUGACAGAUGAAGGUGAGAUAUCAAACCUGAUCUGAAGCCUGUGGUAAACGUUUUCAUUGACUGCUGUAUUUCUAUGUUUGUGCCGCUGAAGGGAAUAUGUCUAAUACAAGGCUGAUCUAUGGCUAA